AUGAAAGAUAUCAAUGAUCAGAACAUCUCUUUCUGGUCUCCUCAGCCCUUCUUCAUCGCCGGCUUUUUCGCCCCUCAACAGCUAUUUCAGCUUGCAUGGAUGUACCGUCUGUACAAACUUGACUCAAACAAGCCAGUCGAUAGAAGAGAGUUGGAUGAGAUGGCCAAUUAUGUUCCAUAUUACGCCCUGGGAAAUAUCUGCAUCGGGACUUGGAUGUUCUUCUGGAACGCAGAGCAGCUGAAGCUGUCCAAUAUAUUUGUGGUGGUGAACAGCCUGUCACAGCUAUACUAUGUGUUUGGCAAGCUCGAACCCAUGAGGACCAAUUCUUGGACUUCCAUUCUCACACAUGUUGUGGCCAAGAGCUUUGCCGGAAUCGGGGUGUUGGAUCUGGUUCACAACGGGAGUGUUGCAUACUUCAAGGACGUCCCGGCGACGUUGCCAGUCAAGGUCGUUACAGCUGUUGGGUUUGGACUGGCCAGCGCAGCGAGCGAUUGGAUUUUCGGGGGGUGUAUGGUCUAUGAUCUUGUUGCUCUUGCAGCCGGUCAGAGCGGAAGCUGGAGGCAGCUCUUGGGGGCGUAUGCAGUGGGCUCAGCGGCCAUUGUUGCUGGGAAGAACCUGGCUAGGGCUGGAGAAGACUCAUGGCGAAAUGUACUGUGCUUGUGGGAUAAUGAAUACAAAGACAAUUUCAAGCUACAACGAAAGGCAAUAGCUCUUCCGGCUAGCUGCUUUUUGUAG